AUGAAGGAAGAUUCAAGAGGUAAAAUUAUUGUAUCAAUUGGUGGUGGACAUGCUACUGGCAGUGUUGAAUUAGCAAAUGUUAUUAGACAAUCUUUGGUAAAGAAGUAUAAACAAAGUGAUAUUAGAAUUAUUGAUUUGGAUUCUAAGGUAGAUAAAUUGAAUAGGAAAUAUUCGAAUGCUGAUUUUGAUUUUGAAAGUCUGUAUGUAGAGUUGACUACAAACGAUAAGGAUAAUGUUGGGAAGAAUGAACAAGGUGAUGAUCCUUGUGAGAUUAUUUUUGUAUGUGGUUGUUAUUCAUUGUACGAUGAAAAAAUCAGGUCUAUAUCAAAAUUGAAGGUGUAUCUCGAUAGUGAUGCUGAUAAGAGAUUGAUAAAUUUGAUUCAGUUUAAUAAAAUAGAGACACCAACUGAAUUAUCAGGACUUCUAAGUGAAUACAUGGAUAAUUUAAGAGAUGAGAUGAUCAAGCACAUAGAACCAACCAGAGUCUAUGCAGAUUUGAUCAUUCCAUAUACCAAUGAAACUAUUGGAAGUGCAAUUAUGUUAGAUGGUAUUAGCAAAGUUAUAGAAGAGUUAAAAGGAAAUGAUAAAGUUAUAAACUUGGAACAUAAUAAAAUACCACUAUUGAACUUUGAAGCUGAAAGAAUUGACGUUCAAAAAUCAAGAUACUAUGAUUUAUCCUGA